CUGAAAAUUUUCAAAGCAUCAGCAUGAACAGAGAGAGUGGAAACUUUGUUAACGUUGAACAUUUCUGGAGCGCACGCAGCGGCAAGUCUUUCCCGUUAAUAAGGUCACCCACCAGCACAUGAUCUGCUGGUUGAUGUCUUUAUGGAGGUGGGUGGAGAAUGUGUGGGGCAGGUGACACCGUGGUGUUCAACCAACUACCCACCCACCUACCACAGAGAGAUGGAAAGAGGGAGAGAGACUUUGUAUUUCAUUUAAUUUUUGCUAGCAGCCGAGGGAGAGAGACUUUGUAUUUCAUUUAAUUUUUGCUAGCAGCCGAGGGAGAGAGACUUUGUAUUUCAUUUAAUUUUUGCUAGCAGCCUCCUUUUUGUAAUUUGAAAACGGUUUGGGAGUCGUAAAAAUUUUCGUUUAGCGUGUUACUCUCAUUCGGCCUUCUUGAUUACGGAAUUAGAAUUGUGGUAGAUAUUUUUGUUUUAUUAUAAGACUGAUUCAUACGUUGUUCGAGCGACAGAUUGGCCAAUUUCAGACCAUAAGAGAAGCUUCCUGUUUUUCUGGGGGUUUGGCACGCUGUUUCUCUCCAUUGUUUAAAGCGUCUAUAACUACUGGCCCCCGGCCUUUCAUUCUUCUGCUCCAUAGCUGCUAGUACGUGAAGCCAUCUCCCACUUCCCUUGGUUCUUCCUACUGGUGAACUCUCUCUCUGUUUGAUACACCGCUCUGUUUCCUCCCCAUCUGAGGGCUUCUCUCGUCUCAUUUGAUUGGUGCUGUUAAAUAAGCAGCGCAAGGAGACAUGGCGCAGGAACCCAUAAAAUCUGAAGAAGUGGUUCUCACGGAAGAGGUGGGCAGUGUUAGAUUGAUCACGUUGAACAGGCCUCAGCAACUGAACGUUAUUUCCUCAAAAGUGGUGUCAAUACUAGCUGAGACUCUAGAGAAAUGGGAAGGAGAAGAUGAUGCAAAACUUAUUGUUAUUAAGGGAAGCGGGCGUGCAUUUUCUGCUGGUGGGGAUUUAAAGAUGUUCUACACUGAAGGAAAGACAGAUAUCUCUUGUACUGAGGUUGUCUAUAGGAUGUAUUGGUUAGUUCAUCACAUCCAUACCUAUAAGAAGACAACGGUAGCUCUUGUUCAUGGUAUUGUCAUGGGUGGAGGUGCAUCACUCAGUGUUCCUUUGAAAUAUUCGGUCGUCACUGAAAAAACUGUUUUUUCAGUGCCUGAAGCUAGUGUAGGAUUCCAUACAGACUGUAGUUUCUCUUACAUUCUUUCACAUCUUCCAGGGCAUUUAGGGGAGUACCUGGCCUUGACUGGCGCCAGACUGGAUGGAAAGGAAAUGCUUUCUGCAGGCCUUGCUACCCAUUUCGUCCCUUCUGCUAAAAUGGUUGAGCUUGAGAAGCGCUUGCUUAGUUUGGACUCUGGUGAUGAAAGUGCUGUCAGUUCUGCAAUUGAGGAAUUCUCAGUACCUGUCGAACUCAAUGAGAAAAGCGCCCUGAACAAGAAAAAGGUAAUAGAUAAAUGCUUUUCUCAAGGAUCCGUGGAGGAAAUCAUAAGUGCAUUGGAGGCAGAGGCCAGUGCAGAAGGAAAUGAAUGGGCAACUGAAGUAGUCAAAGGGUUGAAAAGAUCAUCACCAACAGGACUUAAGAUCACACUGAGAUCUGUAAGGGAAGGAAGGAAACAAUCCUUGGCUGAAUGUCUGAAGAAGGAAUUCAGACUUACCAUGAACAUACUGAAAACAGUAAUCUCCAAUGAUAUGUAUGAGGGAAUUAGAGCUUUGGUGAUUGACAAGGACAAAGCUCCAAAGUGGGAUCCGCCAACCUUGAACAAAGUGAGCAGUGAGAAAUUGGACCUGGUCUUUGAACCUUUCAAAGAUGAGUUGGAGCUUCAGAUUCCAUCGGAGGGCAAGUUAUCCAGGUGGGAUGGAAAGUUCGAAAAGUCUGUCUAUCAUUCUCAGAAGCACUGACAGGUAGCAGAGGCUACUUCUUACUUCUUAAGUCAGACCGGCAAAUCUACCAUCCAUCGCGUUUUACUCCACAAAAGAAAUAGGCCAUUUUCCAGUUGUCCUAAAGAGCUUGUCUGGUUGUUUAGGUGAAAGGGCUUGCAGAAAUAGCACCACCAUGAUGAAGUGGACUGCAAGAAAAAUAAAAGCGAAUGCUCAGUGACAUGGCUAGUCUCGAUGAGCAGCAGCACACCAUUGUCAUGCGACAAGCAGCCAUCUUGUUUUCAUUUUUGUUUUCCUGUUUGGUGUGUAUGAAUCCUAUUCUCAGAACUGAAGAAUGCUUAAUGUUCUUCAGCUGAGUGACAGGUCUGUAGCCAUAAAAGUUGGUACUUCUUUACAUCUACUUAUAUUUAAUCUACUUCAUUUACAAUUCCA